CGGGACUUUUCGGAAUACAGUAUGCUAGAUCCGUUGCCAUGGUCUUCCCACUCCCAGGAAGCGUGUGUUGUAUUGUGUUGUUAUUUCACUAUACACCUAGAUAGCGAUGCGUUUAAAAGACAAAAUAACCGGUCUGUGAGGAAUAAUUGAGAAUUUAGGCAUGAGCUACGCUUAAGAAAACGAUAACAGCUUUGUGCUCUUCAGGACUGGUACUUGAUGGGUGGAGGCAGGCUAUCUCUUUGCCCCCUGCAAUGAGGAGAAGGUCCUGUCCAUUCCUACAGGAGGCGUGAUGGCUGGUAAGGUGAAGUGGGUGACCGAUAUAGAGAAAUCUGUGCUCAUCAACAACUUUGAGAAGAGAGGAUGGAUCCAAGUGACCGACACCGAAGACUGGAACUUUUAUUGGAUGAGCAUCCAGACUAUUCGUAAUGUGUUCAGCGUAGACACACGAUACCGCCUAUCUGAUGAUCAGAUGGUUAACCAUUUCCCAAACCACUAUGAGCUGACAAGAAAGGAUCUAAUGAUCAAGAACAUUAAGCGCUACAGGAAGGAGUUGGAAAAGGAGAGCAGCCCUCUUGCUGAGAAAGAUGAAAAUGGGAAAUAUGUCUACCUGGAUUUUGUGCCGGUGACGUUCAUGCUCCCUGCGGACUACAAUCUUUUUGUAGAAGAAUUCCGUAAGAGUCCGUCCAGCACGUGGAUUAUGAAGCCUUGCGGCAAGGCUCAGGGGAAAGGCAUCUUCCUUAUCAAUAAACUCUCUCAGAUCAAGAAAUGGUCACGGGACAGCCGCACUUCCACCUUCAUGGCAGCUAACAGUGGAAAGGAGGCAUAUGUGAUUUCACUGUAUAUCGAUAAUCCGUUGUUGAUUGGUGGGAAAAAGUUUGAUUUGCGUCUGUAUGUUUUGGUCUCAACCUACCGGCCUCUAAAGUGUUACAUGUAUAAACUUGGCUUUUGUCGGUUUUGCACGGUUAAGUACACCCCCAGUACUAGUGAACUGGACAACAUGUUUGUGCAUCUGACAAAUGUGGCAAUCCAGAAACAUGGGGAUGAUUAUAACCCUGUUCAUGGAGGUAAAUGGACAGUCAAUAACCUGCGUCUGUAUCUAGAAAGCACCAGAGGAAAGGAAGUCACUAACCAUCUCUUUGACCAGAUCCACUGGAUUGUGGUACACUCCCUCAAAGCUGUGGCUCCUGUUAUGAUCAACGACAAACACUGCUUCGAGUGCUACGGCUAUGAUAUCAUUAUUGAUGACAAGCUGAAGCCGUGGCUUAUUGAGGUAAAUGCCUCCCCUUCGCUCACCUCCAGCACUGCGAAUGACCGCAUUCUGAAAUACAAUCUCAUCAAUGACACACUCAACAUCGUUGCCCCGAAUGGUGAGAUCCCAGACUGCAGAUGGAACCGCACCCCGCCUAAAGAGGCUCUUGGCAAUUACCAAGUCCUUUAUGACGAAGAGCAGGCGAUGAGUGAGAAUGCAGAUCGUGACCUCCGGAGUCGCUCGGGUCAGUCACUCGGGUCAAAGAGCACAAAAUCUGGCAGUGCGCGUCCAGUCACAGCCACCUGGAAGUAAGACUACAAUCCUAACCACAUAGUUGACUUUUAUUUCCUCCCCAUGAAGCAGAGAUGGGCUGUGGGAACAUGAAAGCUUUGAGUGAGAAAUAUGAGAGAAUUUACCUGCACAUUCCUGCAUGAUGUUACAGUGAAGACCAAGAGAGACAGAAGAGUCCCUUUUGUUGCAUGAGGAAAUUUUAGGAUUUUUGACAAUUUUUCACAAUUGAAAAGAAAGUGAGAAGGAAAACAUCAACAAAAAAAGGAUUGAUUAAGUAAUAGAAGGUUGGAAAAAUCAGGAAAAAAUGUCCUUACUUAUGGACACUUUCACUUUCACAUAAAACUAGUUAAACUGUCAUGGAAGCAGUGUUUCUUGGUAUUUUGUAUGAAAUGUCAGUCACUUUUUUAUGUCACCUAUUUAUUGUUUAUGCAAUAUACUUUAAGAUACUGAUAUUUAUGGAAAAGCUUCUUCAGUGUUGCGUCUUCUGUGUAAGAAGACAGAAGAGAAACGUUGCAGAACAUGAUGUAAAAUCUGACCACAUUUGUUCAAUCAGGCCAGUAAUGCAACAUCCUUUAAAGAUAAAGUGCUCGGCCUGAAGAUGGUUUUGAGACUGUGGAGGAGGAGAUGGAAUAAACUGUCCAAAAUG